AUGAGUAACACAAAUAAUAAUGAAAAUAUUACGCCUGCAGCGUUAUUAGAACAACUAGUUUAUGUUGAUACAUUCAUGCCAGAGAUUGAUGAUCCAUCACAAUUAGAUGAAAGAUUAACAGCUGAAUUAUCAGCAUUUGCUGAUGAAUCUUUUAUUUUCCCAGAUGAAGAGAAACCAUCAAAACCAAGUGAUAGUGAUGCAACAAAAUCAACAGGAACAAAUGGUGCUGAUAAUAGUAAGAAUAGAUCACCAAAUGAUGAAGAAAUUUUGAAAAGAUUUGAUGAAAUGAAUCAAUCAUUUGCAAAUAAUCAAAUUAUUCAUCCACAACAACCAAAAUUCAACACAUUACAACAAACAAAUAGUUUACAAAGUGGGAUUUCCAAUAUUUUAUCACCAUUAUCAACACAACAACAAUCAUCAAAUCAUAAUCCAAUAACCAUGAAUCCUAUUCAUACCAGUAAUAAUAGCAGUGGGAAUGAUGUAUUGUUAAAUUUACCAAAAGUUCCAGUCCCACCAGGUGCACAAUCUUCAUUGAUAGCUGCUGGAUUAUCACAAACUCAAAUAGAUGCAUUAGCUGCAUUAGUUGCACAACAUCAAGGUGUUGAUAGUAAUGAUCCUAAAUCACAAGAUGUUGGUUCAUUGAAUUCAUUAAUAAAUCCUUCACAAAGUUUGAUAAAUCCAAGUUCAACCGGUUCAAAUAGUGGUACCCCAAUCAGUCCAAAUGAUCUUGGAUUACAAUCACAACAACAACAACAGUAUGGUCAACAUUCACGUUCAAAUUCAAUAGUUAAGAGUGAAAUUGGGGGAGAAGUUGAUGUUGAUAAAAGAAGAAGAAAUACAGCGGCUAGUGCAAGAUUUAGAAUAAAGAAGAAAUUAAAAGAACAACAAUUAGAAAGAAAUGUUCGUGAAUUAAAUGAAUUAACACUUACAUUGGAGAAGAAAAUCCAAACUUUGGAGAUGGAGAAUAAAUUAUUACGAAAUUUAGUUGUUGAAAAAGGUGAACAGAAAAAUAAUGAUGAAUUGGAGUAUUUAAAGAAAAGAGCUAAAUUGUCUGUGAGUAAUGAUAAUAGCAAUGGUCAAAGAGGUAGUGCCAGUAGUUUUUAG